AAGCAUUAAAUGGCGUCACGUGGAGUCCCUUGCCAUAGCGAUGAGCAUGGUCACGAAGCUGGGACAGGAUGUGGAGCUGGCCGGCAUUUUGCAGCCGGAUGCGCAUUUCCGUUUUGUCUGCGGCUGGAUGUUGCCGACCAAGUACUUCAAUGAGGACCGCUUGGGUGAUGGCUGGAAGAUGAUCCAGCAACUGACUGCCUGCAUGCGAAAGAUGUAUCCAAAGUAUGAUGUUUUCCGCGGUCUGCAACUGAUGGGAUACGCAAUGGCUGCCACUACUGCGCUGUACGAGCGAGUGGUGAAUGGGACAGGUCGGUUGUCGGGACCGGCGGCAAAUGAAAUGGUCACAUUGGCUCCUGAAAUAUGUCGUGUUGUAAUCGAAUACUGCGAGGAGGCCAAAGAAAUCUUUACUGUUUUGUUUGGGACGGAGUCCAAGGAGGUGCAGGAGGCCGAUUCUACACUGGAGCGUAUGACUGUGAUUAUAGGCCCCAUCGAGCGAGGUUUUCGCGGUAGUGAACCCAAAGCAAUGUGAAAUCUGAUUUUUGGCUUCGAGUAUUUGUUUAGUCUUUACUGUUAUGAGCUUCGGUUUUUAUAUGCUUACAUAACGGUCCUUAUUUUACCUAAUUGUCUCUUUCGGGAUAUGAAAUUUAU